AUGAGCGCCUUGUUUGAUCGGCUGCUCCAAGAAGUCAAUGAAACGCUUGGCAAUGAAACGCAGACCAAUGUUACCAUUGAAAUCAACUCGACAGCUCCCAGUGGAUUCCCUACGAUUGAUUUCAGCGAUAGUCCAAGCAGUGUACCUACUCUUUCUCAAGCUCCAUCCUUGGUUCCCAGUGCCAAUCCGUCCUUCCUUCCCACUGGAAUGCCAUCGGAAUCUCCGAGUAUUUUUCCAACCACUGAGGAACAAGGUCUUGUCGGCGGGCAUCAAGACGAAGCACUGGAGAACUCUUUAAGAAUUUAUGGCAGUCUCUUUGUUGUUGUGAUGCUUGUUUUUUGCUGGCUGCGUAAAAAGUAUCCUCGCUGCUACAAUAUUCGUGGCUGGGUGGAAGGUCUAAGGACACCCUUGGCCGAUGAGCAAUACGGAUUCUACGAUUGGAUUUGGAAACUGAAUUCGAUUGAAGAAAAGGUAAUGAUGGACGAAUGUGGAAUGGACGCUCUUUGCUUUGUCCGUGUCUUGGAUUUUGGAUUCCGAGUGGCAUCCGUCGGUGUCUUGAACUCGAUAUGGCUCAUGUUGGUCUACCGAACGGCCGACAAAACCGAGGCUACCGAAUUCAUUACUUCGGCGGUCGUCUCGUUGUCGACAGCCAAUCUUCCACCAGGGUCCCCCCGAUUGAUUGCUACGGUAGCUGCCUCUUACGUGAUUUUUGGAUUCACCAUGUGGAGUAUCCUCAGGGAAUUUGAAUGGUUCAUCAAGUUUCGUCAUGCAUUUUUGACCAAGCGAUUGGCCAGAAACUAUGCAGUCUAUGUCCAAAACAUUCCCAUUGAAUACCAAACCAAUGCUGCCCUUACCGAAUUCUUUAGUAGUGCCUACCCUGGAACUGUCCUUGACGCGCAUCUUGCCAUGCAAGCAGCCCACCUGAAGAAAAAGGUGGACGAGCGGGAUAGUGUCAUUGCCAACUUGGAGCAUGCCAUUAAUAUUCGGGAAGUUACCGGCGUGGUUCCACAGGCCAAGAACUUGAUUACUCGACAAACCUCCGGUAGUGCCAUUCAGGGGUAUGGUGACAAAUUGGUGGCACUUAACAAGGAAAUUUCUUAUUCCAUUGAGACUUUGAUUGAAAAUGCCAACCAUAUUGAGGCUCACAGCGUAGAUGACGAUUCCUUUAUGGGUUCUACGGAUGAUUCCUUCGAAGGACCCAAGUCUCCUCUGGCCGGUGGUGUCAUGGGAUUUGCCAAGAAUUCCGUCAAAGGAGUUACCAAUAUUUCCAAGAAUGCCAUUAAGGAUGUUGGAGGUGCUGUCAAGGGUGUUGGGGGUGCUGGCAUGCAUGUUUUGGGAAGUGGUGCCAACCUGGCAAAGUCUUUUAUCAUUCAUGAGGAAGAUGGCGCUGCCCUGUCUGCUGGUUUUGUUACCUUCAAUUCCUUGCGUGCCGCUCAUGCUGCUUUGCAAAUGAUUCAAUACAACCAACCCCACAAGAUGGAAGUACUCGAGGCGCCACAACCAGAAGAUGUGCUAUGGAAGAACAUUGGAAAGGCCAACAGGGAAGUACAGAUUGGAAAAUUGAUCAGUUUUGCUGCAACUGCCGCCUUGUGUCUCUUUUGGACCAUUCCAAUGUCCUUCAUCUCGACUCUAUCAUCCAUCGAGGGUCUUAGAGAUCAGUUUGAUUGGGUUGGUAGCAUGAUCGAUAGUUCACCAUGGGUAGAGCCAUUCUUUGCCCAGCUUGCUCCUCUAUUGGUUGUCGGAGCGAAGGAACUCCUCAAGGUCAUUUUGGAAAUAUUUUCCAAGCAAGAAGGGCCCAUCUCGGGAGCUGUCGUCGAAGCAUCGCUAUUCUCCAAGUUGGCCUAUUUUUUGAUUAUUCAAACCUUCUUUGUCCAAGCAAUCUCUGGUAGUAUUGUCUCCCAGGUAUCGAACAUGGUACGCCGACCAGAACUUAUCAUUGAUCUUUUGGCAGGAUCCUUGCCCCGCAGAGGUAUCUACUUCAUUCAGGUCCUAUUGGUCGAUACUGCUGUCUCGUUGGCCACGGAGCUUCUUCGAGUUUCGGCUGUCGCACAAGCCACUAUCCGCAGCAGGGUUGGACCAAAGCUUACCGAGAAGGAAAGAAAUACGCCGUUUUUGGGAAUCCGUCCCUUUGCAACUCCACAGAAAUUCUACCACGCUCAAAAUCUGUCCAAUUGCGUCUUGGAUUUUGUGGUGUUCUUUGUCUAUGCUACGAUUGCCCCGAUUACGUCUUUUUUUGUCGGGAUUUGCUUCUUUUUCAAGGCCGCCGCAUACCGACACCAAUUUGUCUACAUUUACCCAACAUUUCCUGAUUCGGGAGGUCAUUUGUGGGCGAAUUUCUUCAAGCUUCUGCCGAACUUGAUGACCAUUGGUCAAAUCGUUCUUCAAGGAAUGCUGGGUCUAAAGAAGCAACCAAUUGCCAACGCGUUGAUGCUUCCCCUUACCAUUGCGACGAUUCUAUUCCAAAUCUAUGUCAAGCAACAGCACUUCCUCAUGACUCAAUAUCUACCAACCCGGCAGGCCAUUAGGGCGGAUGAACGAAACUCCGGGAGUGAAGACUAUUCGUUUGUUCAGGGCAAGUUUGUGCAACCAGAACUUCGGGUACGGGAAAAGUACCCAGAGAAUGGAAACGAAGAAGACUACCGAAACCUCACAGGGAAGGAUGAGGAGAAUAUGGAUUUGGACGACACCGUCAAGAAAGGCAACUAG